AUGCUGCGUCCUCUGUUUGCGAGGACUCAAAUGGUGGACCUUGGACUGGAAGAGAAGCACGCACAAAAUAUUUUCCAGCAAAUUCCAGCCAAUAAAGAUGGCUGGACAAACGAAAUCAAUAUUACGAAGAUUUUGUUUCAGUUUACGCUUGACUUUACCACCGAGUCUCUCUUCGAAACGACCGUACACUCACAGCUUUCCUCUUCGCAAAAUAUUAGCGCAAAGCCUGACGGAUCUUUCAUAUUACAAGAUCUAGCAAAGAAUUUUGAUGAUGCAACUCAGCAUGUGCAAAGGCGCUUCCGCUUGCUCGACUUUCACUGGCUCCAUAAUCCGAGGAGCUUUCGGGAAAAUAUAAAGUAUAUCCAUCGCUUUAUAGAUCUCUGCAUCCAAAGGGGUAUGGAAGGCGCACGACACCAAGAGCAACCGGAGUUGGAUACAAAGAAAAAGACUUGCUUUUUGAACGGGUUGCUCAAUAAGACGAGGGAUGCAGCCGAGCUGAGAGACCAGUCAUUAAAUAUUCUGAUAGCCAGCCGUGAUACUACAGCGAGUCUCAUGAGUUGGACGUUUUGGCUUUUGGCUAAACACCCACCGAUAUACAACAAAUUACGUUCGCAUGUCAUUGAAAAUUUCGGAACUUAUGACUCGGACCAAGCUAACCGAGUCACUUUCGAGGCAUUGAAAUCAUGCAAAUAUCUUCAAUUUGUUAUGAAAGAGGUUCUUCGACUUUAUCCUCCUAUUGCCAUCAACAGCCGCAAAGCGACCAAAGACACAAGCCUGCCUCUUGGAGGAGGACCGGAUGAAAAGUCGCCUAUUUUCGUCAAAGCAGGUCAGGACGUUCUCUUCUAUGCCCAUAUAACCCACACCCUAAAAGAGUUCUGGGGUCCGGACGCCAAUAAGUUUGACCCUGACCGCUGGGCCGAAUACAAGUCCAGUUGGGCAUACCUCCCUUUCAGUGGCGGACCUCGCAUAUGCCUCGGACAGCAAUUUGCAUUAGCCGAAGCAGGAUACUUGAUUACUCGUAUGCUUCAGAAGUUCGACCAGGCGAAGCUUGUAGAUCCUCAAGCCCCUGCAAUUCAUAGACCCAGCACCACUGACUCGCCCGCUGACUACAUGAUAUAUUUUCACGAAGCCCCAACGUGUUACUAG